AUGAUCCACUCACAACCUUACCACAUUGACCAUCCAUCUGAAGGAUUGGCUCUAACCGAAAAUCCAACUACUACACCAGCUAAUGAACUUUUUAUUGAUCAACAAAUAAUCGAUCAGAUGUCUUCAAUAGUAAAUUUUGGUGAUCUCUAUGUCGCCAAUCUUCAUCUUUUAAGUAAUCGUCUCCGUCGUUUCCGUAUGAUAUUUGGCUUCGACAAAUUUGUUCUGGUAUCUAAGAUUGAGGAGAUGGAAUUAAAAACAGUCGAAUUCUUUAGUAAAAUAGUUGACUCCAAAAGUUGUACAAUAGAUGAAGUAUUAACUUGGGCUGAAGAAGUUCGUACAAUGUAUGAUAUGUCUAACAGAGGAAUGCGGUAUCGAUUCUAUCUCAGAGAGCUCCCUUUAAUGUUCAGAAAGAUAUAUGCUUCAUCAAUGAUGCCUUUAAAAAUUAAAGAGACUCUAUCACUUCAAUUAGCACUUCGUGUUGAUUACCAUCAAGAGCUCUUUUACAUCAUCAUGUUGAUGUUAAAGACAACACAACUUCACGACAAAAUACCACUUAUGAAAGCUUCAGAAGCUAUUGAAGACUUCAUAAGAGAACUAGUCUCAAUUGAUAACAAAUUUGGAUUUGAUAUUAUGACGAUCAAAGCUUCUGCAAUGCGUUCUGACUGGGGUGUAGCUCGUGGAUUUAAUCGUGGAAUAGCACCAGAAGGAACCACAUUGUUUAGUAAAUAA